GAGUCACACUCUUAUUUCUCAGAGUGCACCCAGGAGGAAGUAGAAGCAAGAAUGGUAGAGAAAAUUUCAAAAAUGUUUCAAAUGCCUGUGGAAAAUCUUGACAACAUCAGAAAGGUGCGGAAAAGGGUGAAAAGCAUUCUUGUGAAUAUUGGACUUGACAGCUGCCAGGAGUUAAUAAAGGACCUUAAAAGCUUUGAUCCAGGAGAGAAGUACUUUUAUAACACAUCAUGGGGAGAUGUUUCUCUUUGGGAACCUUCUGGAAAGAAAGUGAGAUACCGAACAAAGCCAUACUGUUGUAAUCUCUGCAAAUACUCAACAAAAGUGCUCACUUCACUCAAAAAUCAUUUACAUCGUUACCAUGAAGAUGAGGCUGACCAGGAGCUGGUGAUCCCCUGCCCCAACUGUGCAUUUGCCUCACAGCCCAAGGUGGUGGGAAAGCACUUCAGAAUGUUUCAUGCCCCUGUUCGCAAAGUCCAGAACUACACAGUGAAUAUUUUAGGUGAGACUAAAUCUUCUAGGAGUGAUGUGAUAAGUUUCACGUGUUUAAAGUGUAACUUUUCAAAUACUUUAUACUAUAGCAUGAAGAAGCAUGUGCUGGUGGCCCAUUUCCACUACUUAAUUAACUCUUACUUUGGGCUGCGAACUGAGGAAAUGGGGGAGCAACCAAAAGCAAAUGAUGCGCUUUCAGUGGACAAGAUGGCCACAUCUGACAGAUACUACUGUAAAAAAUGCAACGCCAAUGCCAGCAGCCAGGAUGCUCUAAUGUACCAUAUCUUGACAUCAGAUAUCCACAGGGACUUGGAGAAUAAGCUUAGAUCUGUGAUUUCAGAACACAUUAAGAGAACCGGAUUUUUGAAGCAAAUGCAUAUUGCUCCAAAACCAGUGGCCCGGUUGGCCAUACCUCCACACACCAGUGCUGCAGGCAUAGCAGCCCCCAGUCCCUGCUUUCAUCUCGCUUUGCCACAGAACAAUCAGAGUUCAGCUGUGGUGCAGCCAGUGACGGUGGCCCCAGGCACCUCUGGGACCCUUACUCAUUCCUCGCCUGCUGUUGCCCAGUCCCACGUGGCUCUAGUCUCCAGUCCUUUGCCUGUGUGCCAGAGCGGCCUCACUCUACAGCCCUCAGCACCUCAACCUGUCUUUCUUUCUCAUAGGCUUCCACUUAAUCAGCCUGUGAAUUUUCCUGUGCUGCCUCUGAAUCAGCCAGGUGGGUCUAUAAAUAAGUCUGUUGGGACAGGUGUCCUUCCAAUGAAUCAAGCUGUCCGGCCUGGUGUGUUACCCCUCACCCAACCUGGGGGAUCCAUAAGCCGACCUGUUAGGCCUAGUGUCCUGCCCACAAGUCCCUCUGUCACCCCUGGGGUUCUGCAGGCUGUCUCACCAGGGGUGAUUUCUGUGGGUCGGGCGGCCCCAUCAGGGGUCCUCUCUGCAGGCCAGAUGACGCCUGCUGGGGUUAUUCCUGGACAGACAGCAACUUCUGGGGUCCUCCCAACUGGCCAGGUAGUCCAGUCAGGGGUUCUUCCUGUUGGUCAGACCGCUCCCUCUCGGGUUUUCCCACCUGGCCAGACAGUUCCCUUAAGGGUUCUCCCUGCAAGCCAGGUGGUUCCUUCUGGUCUACUCUCUCCUAACCAGACGGUACCCUCAGGUGUCAUCCCUGUGAACCAGGGUGUGAAUUCUGGUGUUCUGCAGCUCAGCCAGCCUGUUGCAUCAGGAGUCCUUCCUGUGGUCCCACCGGUGAGGCCUGGUGUGCUGCAGCUUAGUCAAUCUGUCAGCACUAGCAUCCUGCCUGUGAGUCAGCCAGUAAGAGCGGGGACAUCGCAUAACACCACCUUCCUCACAUCAGGCUCUAUUCUCAGGCAACUUAUCCCAACUGGGAAACAAGUGAAUGGGAUUCCUACCUACACACUGGCUCCUGUGUCAGUGACCUUGCCUGUACCUGCUGGUGGUGGCGUUGCAACUGUUACCCCACCCCAGGUGCCUGUCCAGCUCCUGCCAUCAGGUACAGGUGGGCAGAUGGCUAAUUCGCUACCCAACCUGCCUUCACCACAGGUGCUAGUGAGUGCUGCCCAGAAUGUUUUUGUUCAGGCCCCCUCACCUGUGGUGGACACAAACGAGGUGCUCAAACAGGCCAAACAGUGGAAAACCUGCCGGGUUUGCAAUGAGCUCUUUCCAUCUAACGUCUACCAGGUUCAUAUGGAAGUGGCUCACAAGAAUAGUGAGUCCAAGCUCUGCCGGGUUUGCAAUGAACUCUUACCCUCCAACGUCUACCAGGUUCACAUGGAAGUGGCCCACAAGCACAGUGAGUCUAAGUCCAGUGAGAAACUUGAACCUGAAAAACUGGCAGCCUGUGCACCCUUUCUGAAGUGGAUGAGGGAGAAAACUGUCCGUUGCCUCUCCUGCAAGUGCUUGGUCUCGGAGGAAGAACUGAUGCAUCAUUUGCUUAUGCAUGGCUUAGGGUGCUUGUUCUGCCCUUGCACUUUCCAUGACAUUCGGGGUCUGUUGGAACACAGCAGGGCUAAGCACCUUGGGAAGAAGAGGCUGCCUAUGGAUUAUAGUAACAGGGGUUUCCAGUUGGACCUUGAUGCUAAUGGCAACCUGUUGUUUCCCCAUCUUGAUUUCAUCACUAUAUUACCAAGGGAGAAGCUUGGGGAACGGGAGGUCUACCUGGCCAUCCUUGCUGGGAUCCACUCCAAGUCACUGGUGCCUGUGUAUAUUAAGGUGAGGCCUCAGCCUGAAAGCAUGCCCAACAAUCCCAGCAAACAGAAGCUGACCUGCCCCUUCUGUUUUGGUGCCUUUGUGACAGCUGAUGCUUAUGAGCUGCACCUGAAGGAGAGGCACCAUGUCAUGCCAACAGUUCACACAAUGCUCAAGUCUCCAGCCUUCAAGUGUAUCCACUGCUGUGGGGUCUACACGGGAAACAUGACCCUGGCGGCCAUUGCUGUUCAUUUGUUGCGUUGCAGAAGUGCUCCCAAGGACAGCAGCUCAGACUUGCAAAUCCAGCCAGGUUUUAUUGAGAGCAGUGAUUUGGUGUUGGUCAAUGGGGAAGUGAUUCCUGAUUCUACCUUCCCUAUAAAGAGAAAGUUGCCAGAUGGCCAUCUGGGGACGGAAGAACAGAGAGCUGGGGAGGAAUCACCGCUUGUCAUAAAUGCUGAGGCAGCCCCAGGUCUGGAGAAAGGGACAAGUGCUGUGCCUUUGAAGAGACAAAGGAAUGAAAGUAGGACAGAGGGACUGGUAGCUAAUGAUGAUGCAUUUCAGGUUUUAGUAUUGGAUCCUAAAAAGUACGAAGGCCGUUCAUAUGAGGAUAAAAAGCAAUUUCUCAGAGAUUAUUUCCAUAAGAGACCGUAUCCGAGUAGAAAAGAAAUAGAACUGCUCUCUUCACUCUUAUGGGUGUGGAAGAUUGAUGUGGCUUCAUUUUUUGGAAAAAGAAGAUAUAUUUGCAUGAAAGCAAUAAAAAACCAAAAGCCCUCUGUACUUCUAGGCUUUGAUAUGUCUGAACUUAAAAAUGUUAAACACAGAUUGAACUUUGAGUAUGAACCACAAAACUUGUAAGUGUAGUACUAGGCAGUGGUUUUCAACUGAGGUUUUGAAUAUGUUCUCUCUCACUGUGUUAAGAGUUGUCAGUGUCAGUGUCUUUAUGCUGCUUUUCAGGUAUUUCAGGUGCUCAGAAAGACUUCUGUUAAGGAAAUGAAUAGUUUUUCAGAUUUAUUGUUUCCUGCAAUUUGAUUUGUAACAGUUAUUCCCCCUUUGCCAUGUAAAUUAUAUCUUUUGGUAUUCCAUGCACGCCUUGUUUUCUCAGUAGUGUCAGUAUCAGAUGAUGAAAAGAAAACCCUGAAAUUGCAAAUACUUUUUUUUAAUUUUAGGAAAUUUCAGCUUGUUUGAAAAUAUUUGAUUAGUUGAAAAUUAAAGUAUUGCUCUUCCUCAGCUUUUACAGGUAGUACCUAAUGACACAUACUAUUUAGAGAUGCAAGUACAGCUCUGUGAUGUGUAUGAUUCCCUAAGGACACACUGCAUUAACUCUUGGUGAUUGUUGUUUGUAAGCUGUUUGCUUAUGAAAUUAUAAUUUUGGUUUACACUUUUUCAGUUUUGUCCUGAUACUUUUGUUUUUUAAAUCUUAACUCAUAGAAUACCAAAUGUUUUCAUUUAUUAAAAAUAUAAUGAGUCAGAGGUCUGGUGUGUAGCUCAUAAUCACAUGUUGUUUUAUAAAUGAAGUCAUUACAGGAGCAGAAAUAGGCUCCAUUAUACUUUCCCUUUUGAUACAGUGACAAGUCAUUUCUCCAUUCAAAGGUAAGACAAUGAAUCUUUAGUGCCUUUAGAAUAAAUUUUGAGAAAAUAUACCCAGAACUCUUCUACCAUGAACUGCUUAUAAACUAGUGGGUGAAGGAGACCAUGUUACUCCAGAAUGAAACUUCCACCCUUGUAUAUGGUUUCAGGCAUAAGAUGAAGUGAAAAGAUCAAGAACACAGUCUUCAUUGUUGGGAUUGCCAGGGGUAGACAUAUUAGUACUAGGGAAAUGGGUUUUCCUUUGGCCUACUUGUCCAGGUGAAUGGGACAUCUGAUUGCUAAAGAGUCUCUGAUUUAUAAUGUCAGGCCUCAUUUUUCCCAUACAAUAUUAAAAUAAAGCACCAGAACUAGCAAUGUAGACUACCCCAUUCAUAUUCUGAAUUGUACUGCUUGUGAUAAUGCAGUGGAGGAGACUGUCCGACAUGUUUUCAGGUAGAAGUGUCUGGAGCGUGGGACAGCCUCUGGGAAAUAGUACAGUGUUGCUAUAUGGACUUUAAAAAAUAUUAAUGCUUGCAUAUAAUUGCUGUAAUGUGCAUUGUUGAGACUGUUGUGAAACUGGUCUGUGACUGUUGGUGUACUCUGUUGUAAAUUCAGAGAGAGCUUGUUGGACUUUAUUUUUUUUAACCUAUUGUUU